GUCACGAGUGCAAAUAAGGGAAUAAAAGGGCCGUGAUCCGUCCCGUCCACAAUGCAGGCGCUGGGCACGGUGAACUGGAUCUUCUCCGCCGUGACAUCCCAGCAGGCCUUCCUCACGGGUCUGGGGACCUGCAUCACCAACAACGUGGCCAACAACGCCGGCCUGGACACGGCCUCCCAGGCCCGCUACACCGCCUGUGCCACUUCCCUCAGCUCGACAGGGAGCAAUGGAUUCGCGAACUGGGGCAUUUACUUCAGAGGUUACGCGUGCAUCGCCAGCGCCAACAGACAAGCGACGACCACGACCGGCUGAACUUAGAAGGCCACACUUCGGAAGGCCACACCUCGGAAGGCCACACUUCGGAAGGCCACACCUUGGAAGGCCACGCAUUUUGAAG